CACGAGUGUUGUGAACAAUCCCACUCGAUCUGAAUGUGACCUCAGUCCACCUCAGACUGGAGAGAGCUGUAACUCUCCCCAAGACUCUCCGCGAGGUUCCUCUGAAUCCUCCGUGUCAAGGCGAGAUCCGUGACUCUCUCCGUCGCCCAGCAUCAGCAUGUCUCUCCCGCAGCUCGGCUAUAAGUACAUCAGACCGCUGUACUCCACGGAGCGGCACGCGUCGGUCGGCGGUCGCGUCGCGGAUCUCAACGCGUCGGGCUCGCUCUCGAGCGUCCUCUCCAGCAUGUAUGGAGCUCCGUUCGCCAACGCGCAGGGAUACAGCGCGUUCCUGCCCUAUUCCAGCGACCUCUCCAUACUCAACCAGCUGGGCUCGCAGUACGAGUUUAAAGACAGUCCUGGGAUUCAGCACGCAGGGUUUCCUCACACACACUUCUACCCAUACGGACACCAGUAUCAGUUUGGUGACCCGUCCCGACCCAAGAACGCCACCCGUGAGAGCACCAGCACCCUGAAGGCCUGGCUCAGCGAACACAGGAAAAACCCGUAUCCCACCAAGGGCGAGAAGAUCAUGCUGGCCAUCAUCACUAAAAUGACCCUCACUCAGGUGUCCACCUGGUUCGCCAACGCCCGGAGGAGGCUGAAGAAAGAGAACAAAAUGACUUGGGUUCCCAAAACAAGGACCGACGAGGAAGGGAAUGUGUAUACGAGCGACAACGAGGACGGAGACAAGCGGGACGAGGACGAGGAAAUAGACCUGGAGAACAUUGACACGGAAAGCAUGGAAGACAAGCAGGAUUGUGAUUAUCCGGAGGACGAGAAGUCGGUGUCUAAAGUCUCUGACUCUGAUGCGUCUGAGGAAUAUGAUGAUGCGGGAGCUGAGAAGAGUUUUAUGAGCAGUGUUAUGAAAGACACGAACUCAGACGAGGGAGAGGAGGAGCGCGUCAAAAAGAGUCCGGCAGCGCAAGAGCCCUCGGUUCACGCGAGUCCGCCUCAGAAGCCGAAGAUCUGGUCUCUGGCUGAAACCGCAACCACACCGGACAGUCCCAACAAGCCCUCGCGGAUCCCGAGGAACUGUGAUGCGCAGACCGUCAGGAGUCCUCUCCAUGUUCAAAACUGGACCAAAAUGGCCUUUUCGGCCCAUCAGAUGGCCUUGACCAGCCAUUACCUCGGACUUAAACACCAGAACACCUCAAACACACACACACACAUGAAGCACGGAGACCAGAGGACUCACAACCUAUAAAACAAAUCCGUUUUUUAUUAUUAUUAUUUAUUUGGUUUAUUUGUCACCUUCCUAAUGGGAGCGCAACACACACGAUGGUUAUCAUGAAUCAGAGAUAUAUCCAAUUUCUACAUAAAGGAUGCCCGGAAUUUAUGAUAGAUUAAAGCUGUCUAUUAGCUCUUCAAAUUAUGAGAUUAUAUUAGAAUAUAUUUUAUAUUGCUGACUCGUAAACAUGCAUUCCAUUGUGUUUAAUUUGUUAGAAUCAUUUGAUAAGUCCUGUGUUUUUAUCCAGUUUCGUCUCACACUAUUGGUGAAUUCAGACCUAUUUUAAAAACAGCAAAUGAAUCUAAAUGAAUAGAUUGUACAGAAUUAGUUAUUGAGAGGUUAUAAUAAAUCAUGGAGGAAAUAGUGCCUAUAUGGGAAUUUUAAACAAGUCCUCUAAUCAUGUCAUGUCUUAAAACACAGACACACACAUACGCGCACACACACACAUGGCUUUGUUCACAUGAGUUAUGAUUUGAGUAAGUGUUACAUCAUCUUUGUCUUAUGUUAGCACAUCCGAUUUAAGGAUUCGCAAUAAAAUUAAACCAGACUUCAUGCUUAUCUUUAAGAAGUGAUUUAACAAUAUGAAUUCUCUUUUACAUUUCUU